GUGUUUCAGGCAAUGUUCACCAAUCCAAAACGAUUCCUACCCGUGUCCACGCUGUCAAACCAUGAUGUUGAAGGUAUCUUAAACAAAUGGCUAGAGAACAACCAUAGAAAGCUACUAGAUCCCCAACUUCAAGCUGUAAUAGAUGCCUUCCACAAGUGUCCAAUACCAUUGUUCUUGAAAUUAGCCUUUGAUGAAGCAUGUCGAUGGAAAUCGUUUACACCAGGAGACCAAUCAGUAUUAAAUACCACUGUUAGAACAGUUAUAAAUGAUCUAUUUAAUAGAAUAGAGAAAUUACAUGGUGAAUUGUUGGUAUCUCGAGCAUUAGGUUAUCUUACUCUCAGUUCUGGAGGACUAACGGAAGCUGAAUUAGAAGACAUUUUAUCAUGUGAUGAUGAUGUACUGAAUGAUGUAUAUAUGUAUUGGACACCACCUGUAAGACGAUUACCGCCAUUAUUACUGGUUCGAAUUAAAGCUGAAUUAGGACAAUAUUUUGUUGAUAGAGGAAGUGAUGGUGUACGGGUGUUUUACUGGUAUCACAGACAGUUUAUAGAAGCAGCUUUUGAUAAAUAUUGUUCAGAUGAGAACACGAGAAAUAAGAUGCAUGGUGUUCUAGCUGAUUAUUUUUCUGGUGUUUGGGCUAACGGU